AUCCGUCUCCGUCCACAAGCUGUGUGUUCUCUAUGUCCUGCCCAUCGACUGGCGUACGUACUGCCACAUAUAAGGAAGGUGCGGUGCAUCCGUGUGCUGCCCAGCUCCACACGCUAGCCAUAGCCAGCGGGCAAUUCUACCUACCUCCGUCGCCCCGGCCGGCCAUGUCGCAGGUGAGGAUCGUCGACGCGAGCUACGUCGAUGUGCCGGAGACCGCCGUCCGGCCACCGGGGCCGAUCAAGCUGACCGCCAUGGAGGCGCUGUGGAUCGUCAUCCCGGUGCUGCAGCACGUGCUGCUCUACGAGGGCGACGACGACACGCCGCCCUUCGACGCUAUCGUUCAGUCGCUUCGUUCCUCCCUCGCCGCGACUUUGCGCAGCUUCGCGCCGCUCGCCGGCAAGCUGGUCCACCUCGAGGAAACGGGGGACGUCGGCAUCAGCUGCUCCGCCUCCGACAGCGUCCGGUUCGUCGUCGCGGAGUGCGACGCAGACAUCGGGCGCCUGGCCGGAGACGAGGAGCACGACCUGCGCGUGCUCGAGGGGCUCGUGCCGGAGGUGGACAUGAGCCUGCUGCCGACCCCCGUGCUGGCCGUGCAGGCCACGCGCUUCCAGGGCGGCGUGGCGGUCGGGGUGACGGUGCACCACGGUGUCGCCGACGGCCGGGCGCUGUGGACGUUCGUUGAGGCGUGGGCGGCGGCGUGCCGGGGCGAGACGCCGGCCACGACGCCGUGCUUCGACCGCUCCCUCGUCAAGCUGCCCGGCGGCGAAGAGCUGGCCAGGAGCGUCGUACGGAAGGUGGCCCCGAAUUUGCCUUCGGUACGUGGUUGUUCUCUUUCAUGUCUAAUAAAGCAUCAUCCCUUGAGAUUUACGAAGUCACCUUUUAAUGGAGAGACACAACAUGUAAAAAGACAAAAAGUAAAAGUAAAAAAACAACGCAUCGUCAAUCUAGGGGAAUCCCACGGCGCACCCUUGCCUCACUCGCCAUCAACUUUCACCAUCAUCGUCGUGCUCGCUUGGACGUGCUCCGCCCGGUGCAAGCCCUCCUUGGAGGACGACGCGCAACUCUUCUUCUUCGCCGACUCCCGCGGCCGCCUUGUCCCUCCUGUCGACAAAGGGUACAUCGGUGCGUGCCUUACCGGGUGCGUAUCGAAACUCCCCGUGCCGGAGCUUCGUGGCGACCGCGCCUUGGCAGCCGCGGCGUCGACGGUGCAGGACGGGAUCCACAAGGUGAAGGAGGACCCUGUCGCCGGGUGGAACUUUUACAUGCUGAUGGCUGAUGCCUCUAUGGGCCGUAUGAUGAACAUAUCGGGAUCGUCGGGGAAGCCGAUGCGAACGGAGCCGAUCACGAUGAACCACGACGGUCAGGUGGCCCUGAUGCGUAGCAGGGAUGGCCGGGGGGUGCAGGUGUCGUUGUCACUGCUCCGACCGGCACACAUGGAUGCGUUCAAGUCUAAUUUCCAUGAGCUACUCAAGUGAUGCUUUUUUUUUUCUUUUCGGGUCAAU